AUGAGACAAAGAGAGAUGAAGAUCUCAACUGGUUUCCUCAUCCUACUGCUCUGUGCAAGUUUCGUUCAUGGAGAGCGCCAAAUAGCAUCAAAGAAGUCCCAGUUCACUUACGACGAGGUUUUAGAAAACACCGAAAAAUUUCAAACUAAAAUCGGGAAAGGAGGAUUUGGGAUUGUAUACCAUGGCUACUUGAAAGAUGGCACUCAAGUUGCGGUUAAAAUACUUUCUCCAUCGUCAUUGCAAGGAGUUAGGGAGUUCCAAACAGAGAAUCCAUCUAGAAACUUGGCCUCAUUUAUUGGAUACUGUGAUGAUACCGACAACUUGGCAUUUAUAUACGAGUACUUGCCUAACGGAAACCUAAGAGAAUAUCUCUCAGGGCUACAUUACUUGCAUAAAGGAUGCAAUCCACGUAUUCUGCAUAGAGAUGUAAAGAUUGCCAACAUUCUCUUAAGUGAAAACUUGGAUGCAAAAAUAGCAGAUUUCAGUAUGUCCAUGGUUUUCCCUAGUGACAAUGAGACUCAUGUUGUGGCAUCGGUCAUGGGCAUAGUGGGGUAUCUUGAUCCCGGUUUUACUGGACAACCUGCAAUCAUAGAAAGUGAUGAUCUUGUCCACAAAGUGGAGUGGGUUAAUCCUGAAUUCCUGCAGAGGGAUUUUACAACUAUUUUAUUUCGAAGGAUUUUAGGAGAUUGCAGUGUGGAUUUGCUAAGAUUCAAGCAAGUGCAAUUUGGUCCAAUACUUGGUCCAUUAUUAUCAGCAGUGGCCCUCCUAGUUAUAGUGCUCAUACUGUUCACUUAUGAUGAGGUUCUAAAAUACACCAAAAAAUUUCAAACUGAAAUCGGGAAAGGUGGAUUUGGGAUUGUUUACCAUGGCUACCUGAGGGAUGGUACUCAAGUUGCGGUUAAAAUACUUUCUCCAUCGUCAUCACAACGAGUUAGGGAGUUCCAAACAGAGAAUCCAUCUAGAAACUUGGCCUCAUUUAUUGAAUACUGUGAUGAUACCGACAACUUGGCACUUGUAUACAAAUACAUGCCUAACGGAAAUAUAAGAGAACAUCUCUCAGGAUGCAAUCCACGUAUUCUGCAUAGAGAUGUAAAGAUUGCCAACAUUCUCUUGAGCAAAAACUUGGGUGCAAAAAUAGCAGAUUUCGGUCUGUCCAUGGUUUUCCCUAGUGACAAUGAGACUCAUGUUGUGGCAUCGGUCAUGGGCACAGUGGGGUAUCUUGAUCCCGAGGACGUUCAGAUUUCGUGUUCUUAG